UCCAAAAUAUCUGCUUGUUUAUGCGCGGGAUACAUGGCGGAACCGGCAGCGCAGGUCGGCACUGUUGUGGCGGGAAAGUGUUGGAAUGGAUCGUGACAGUGAUUAAGCUGGAAAUGUAGCAUUUCUAACAGCGAACUGCCCUAUUGUGGCCACUUGCUUUCUAAUGGUGCAUAGUACGUCUACGGAAAGAAAAUUGCGUAGCUACCAUGCCGGCUACACAAGAUAACGGAACCGAUCGCGUCAGGUCGCUGCGGCCAAGAAAACCAAGAGAUGUUGCCUCGUCCGACGACUGCAAGGGCAGCCAGAAUGGCGAAUUAUCUCAAGGACCCAGUGUUCACCGACCGGCUCGCCGCCGAGGCGCGAAGUUGUCAAUGUCGUCCUCAAAGCCACUUGCAAAAAGUGAAGACGCGAAACAAGGGGACACGUUCGUGAAAGUGCAAGAAGAAUGCCGUUUGGGAAGCCAAGCUUGGACGGACAAGUACAAACCUUCGAAAUCAUGCCCCUUCGUCGGUAACGAUCCAACGAUUGCCGAACUGCGGUCUUGGCUAUUGCAGUGGAAAAACAAGCCUUCAAAUGCAGAGCGAUCCAACUCGCGACGUUCCUUGAGUGAUUCCGAAGAUUCUACAGAGGGACUGAGCAAUUGCUACUUGCUUGCGGGUCCUCCAGGUGUUGGAAAAACAAGCUCUGUUUACUACCUUGCGGAAGAACUAGGUUUCAAGGUGCUUGAAGUUCAUGCGUCAAGCGAGAGACCGGGCAAGAAAAUCCUGGCUGAAUUGCAUGAAGCUACGCAGUCCCAUCAUGUGGAGGGCAGCAGACUGUCGUUUCCAGCUGUUGCAGCACCAAACACCACCGCUAACACGGACAAAGCAAAGGUUCAAAAGAAGGCGAAAAGCGCCGGCCCCCUGCAGCAGAUGUUUGAGAGAGCUGCUGCAAAAAGCCAAGAAAAGCCAGCGAAGAUGGUUGGUGAGAGCACUGCAAAAAAGUCUGGCAAGGGGCCUUUGGAUAGCUACUUUUCUGCAAACAGUGAUACAAAGCAGACACCAAAGGUGUCAGCUACAUCAAGCACUUUCAAACCCACAACUAAAACAAGUCCUAAAGGGACAUUACUUGAAUACUUUGCAACACCACCGUUAAAGAAAGGCAUGGACUUGACUGCAGCAAAAGAGACCAAGAACUUAGGCAAGCAACACCGGUGUGGUUCCCAGAGUAGCAAACGUUCAUUGAAGAAGGUGCCUUCAUCUGGUUCUUCUGAUGAUGAUAAUGAUGAGCUUGUUAGUGUAGUUUCAAAAAUUAAAUGUGGAAAGGCUUCCGGAACCGAAGAUACAAAAGGAAAGGCUGUUGAAACAAAAAGAAAGGGAAAGAGAGUGUGUGCAUUGUCUGAUGAUGACGACAUUAUCAUGGUGUCAGAAGUAAAAAAACGUGCCCAGAAGCAACCGUCAGCUGAACCAGCCAAGGUGCCUGUCAAGAAACAAAAGGUAGAUGAACUGCCCAGAGAAAGUUCGCUGCAGAAAAUAUUUUCUGUAAAGUCUUCAGGACAGGAUUCAUCGACAUUAACAUUCUCAAGCCAUACAAUCAUAUUAUUUGAUGAUGUUGACACCAUCUUUGAACAAGACGAUGGCUUCUGGAGUGCUGUGGAAUCUGUUCUGACGAUUACUAAGAAGCCCGUGAUCUUUACAGCCACCAGGAACCUCAUGCAGAUAAGGACGAAACUUCCCAGUGGCUGUCCAGUUGCUGAAUUUGUUCAUCCAAAGCCAGAGGAAGUUUCUAAGCUGGCUAUGCAUAUCUUCAAAUCUGAAGCUCUCAAUUCGCCAUUCAGUGAGAGCGUCAGUUUCUUGCUGCAAUACUACCAUUGUGAUGUGAGGAAAUGUGUACUGCAGCUGCAGCUUGAUUCUGCAUUGUAUAUACUGGGGCAACAUACUGAGCACACUUUCCAUGCCGAGGCUCUACCAGUUGGAGAUGGCCUGCACAAGCUGCUUCACUCGAAAGUACUGGAUACGUGUGUAAUCACCCAGCGCAAGUUUGAAGAGCUAGGUUUGGACAUAAGUCACCUCUGUUUGACUAAUGUGCUUCCACUGUCCACCGUUCCUGUAACAAUGCCACAGGAAGUGGAUUCUGAUGACGAUCUGAAUGCAGUGGAGAGUAAUAAUGCUCUGGACUCUAGCUGGCUUUCUGAUGAAGGAAGCAGUGAUGUCCGUGAAUGCAAGCCAUUACCAGACAGUUGCAUCAAGAAGGAAGUGCAUCCACAAGCCUCCUUAAUUAGGCAGUGCUUAUUUGAGCUUGCUGGUAUGUUUGAUGCCUUUAGCACUGUUGACUGCCUCUCUGGUUGCCUUGGCAGAUGUGCCUACAGUACUUCAAGUCUACUACCUUUUGACAGUGUAGAAGCAUGGCAAAAUGGCAAAACUUUAGCACCAACUGUAGAUGUAGGUGAGCUUACUGUGCCUUUUGCUGUGACUGAUGCCUUAGCUUAUAUAAAGAUGGGCUCUAUGAAGCUGGCAACUUCCAAGCUUGAGAAAAGUCUCGACAGUAUAGUGUGUCCUGUCCCGGAGUUGAAAUUGGUGAUUUCCCCUUCUGUUCCAAGUCUGUGUAACAUUUAUCAGAUUGCAGAGGAAAACAGGUUUUGGAGUAAAUGUCGCCAACAUAUCACAGACUCUGGGAUUCCUCCAAGUGUAGUGUUGAACAAACGUGCUGUGUCUGAUUACAUCGAUGCUCUGCAAGUAAUCUGUAAGUGUGAGAAACGUCGAAAAAAACUGAAGGCUAAACGAGCACAGAGGUUUCUACAUUAUCUCAAUUCUUCAGGAAUCUUCUUGCCGAGUCACUUGAUUGCGGCUUUAUGCAAGGGUUUCCGCCCAUAGUUCUGAGCAAGGACACUCCAUUUGUGUACCACAACCCCUGUUU